CACUUUGUGUCCGAAGAAGAGUGGCCCAAAGUGGCUAGCUAGUGUAGGCAUGUCAUACAAGUAGUGUAAUGCUAACUUAGCUGCUGCUAGGUGCUGAGUUGUCCAAAAGUGUUUAGAAGCCCACGGGAGAAUUUGUUUUAUGACGAGAAACCAUUUCUAAGUGGUUUCUGUUGAGAGCCUGACAAACGAGCGACACAAUCCAGACAUUAAAUACGAAAAGAGCUGGUUAGCUUGUUUUAGCUGGCUGACUGGGAGGCUCCAGAGAAGUAAACGUCACAGCUUGUAUCACAGCCAUGUCCACGGCCGGAGACUUUGGAAAUCCACUAAGAAAAUUUAAAUUGGUCUUCCUCGGGGAACAAAGUGUGGGGAAGACCUCGCUGAUCACCAGGUUCAUGUAUGACAGCUUCGACAACACUUACCAGGCCACAAUAGGAAUCGAUUUCCUGUCAAAAACGAUGUACCUCGAGGACAGAACAAUCAGGUUACAGUUGUGGGACACGGCAGGCCAAGAGCGAUUUCGCAGUCUCAUCCCAAGUUACAUCAGAGACUCUGCUGCUGCCGUUGUAGUGUACGACAUCACAAACGUGAACUCCUUCCAGCAAACCACCAAAUGGAUUGAUGAUGUGAGAACAGAGCGAGGAAGUGAUGUCAUUAUCAUGUUGGUGGGAAACAAGACAGACCUUGCAGACAAAAGACAGAUUACCACAGAGGAGGGAGAGCAGAGGGCAAAAGAGAUGAAUGUUCUGUUUAUUGAAACAAGUGCAAAGACAGGCUACAAUGUCAAACAGCUCUUCCGUCGCGUGGCAGCCGCCCUCCCUGGCAUGGACAACACACAGGACAAAAAUAGAGAGGACAUGAUUGACAUCAAGCUGGAGAAGCCACCAGAGCAGCCUGCCAGUGAAGGAGGUUGUGCCUGCUAAUUGCUGCCCUGUGUCACUGGGAAAUGUCCUCCUGGGCUUGUUUGUCUGUAUCUGUACCCUUUAAUACAUCCGCCUCACUUCCCUAGCCUAAAGGGAAUAUUACAUUGGCUCAUCUCUGCCAUUGUUGUAAACCUUCACUCUUAUCGGAUAGCCGUGAAAGUCUCGGAUCAAUAUUUGCACUGCUGCACACAAACACGCAAUCGGUAUUCACGCGCUUGAGCUCAGAGAGGUCUUCACUGAGCUUCAGAUGGAGACGGUGGUACAAGAGGAAUGAGAUACGGUGCAGUAGUUGUUUGUGUAAAGAUGACUUUUUAAACCAAACGGCCAGAAAAGAAAUAUGUACAAAAAGCACAAAAUGAAGAUGUUUUAAAAGUUAGCAUGUUGAAUAAAUGAAUAAAGAGCAUUGCAUUAACAAUAUCAAGUGCAAUGUGGAUCUGUUGAGGAUUCGAUCACAAUUUCUGUUAUCUACUCUUGUGUAACUUGGAAAAGGUUGCAAAGUUGCACUGAACAAAUUUUGGAGUCGAAGCAGAGUGAAAACCACAAACAGGAGUGACAUGUCAUGUUAACUUUUACCAGCAUAUUCCUCCCCUGACAUUUCCCAGCAUGUCAUGAAACCACAGCAUGGCCCAAAAUAUGACACUACACCUUCCCUAAUGUAUGACAUGACCGUCCUCACGCAUGCUUCCUCACUGAAACUUGUUUUUGGUCUUGGCUUCUAUUUUCUACCCUUUUUCUUUGGAUAGAUUUUUUUAUAUAUCUUCAGAAUACAAUAUAGCUAUUUGAUGAUAGUGUUUGAUAAAGAGUUUUCAUAUAUAAAGAGUCAAUAUUAUAAAACCCAUUGUAAACAUUAGAUAUGGAUUUGCAGUAUGCUUUUUGAAGGGAAAUGAGGGCUUCUAUGGAUUUGGGUUUAUGUAGUCGUUAGGUUGGUUAAAGACCUCUCUGGCUUGUUUUUAUUUUUGGUGUUGAUUUUUUUAGUGAUCAUUUCACAAGUGUAUUUACUCCACAAUGACUUAUUAUAUUUAUUUCUAUUUCUUUUUUAUGGCUCUUUAUAUCCUCCAUGUUGAUAUGACUCUAAAAUUGCUAAUAAAAUACGCAUCCAAUACACUUAAUUGUUAAGUCAUGCUAUUUUCACUGUACAAUUUUACUUUUUCUCAACAUUCUGAAGAGUUUGAUUUUCAUGAUACGUGAAAUAGUUUCUGCCUGAAAUGCAUUUAAAUGGAAAAUAAAAUGCACUUGUUACUGCUGUUGCAAUUCA